AUGAAAACUACCCGUAGAGGUCGUCCGUUUGCAAAGGAUACACAUGAUCUUUUUGCAACUUUGAUUGUUUCACUGCAACUAACGACACAUCGACAUCUAUUCAAAUCAUAUCCUAAUUCCUUCACCACCGAUGAAGCUGCAGAGAAUCUAUCUGCCCUCAAGUUUUCCCAGUCGAAUCGGGCACCGGAUCCAAAAGAACCAUCUCGGGUUAUCACGACUACAACCACAACUACCUUCAGCAUGAGUCGUGAUAUGGCAAAAGGUAUUUGUCAACAUUUCAUGGAUGCUAGGCUGAUCGAGAAUGCUGCUGAUCUGGCCAGUACGGUCUUCAAAGAUAAAGGAAUCUACAUGAUCACGCCAAAAGGAUUGCAUAUACUAGAACGUUUCAUCACCAAGAACGGUAUCAAUGGAGAACAUUUGGUGCAGGUAUUUUCGACCCAGCCGAUUUGCAUGAAGUUGCUACACCUUGAAAGGCGGACGCAUGAUGAUGAAUUAUUGAUCAAUCGAGCUGUCUUGGAAGUGAUCUUUAGAAGAUUUGCAGGACGUCAACCGAACCAAAGAGCUGGAGAUAAUGCGGAUCUCGAUCGUACUAUGGGUAUCGAAGUACAAGACGUAUCGGAAAAGGCAAAAGGAGGAAGAGGGACAUUGACAAUCAAGCAUACAUUCACUGCUCUCUCAGCUCUUGAAUGGCUUUGCGAUUUUACCACAAUUUGCGGACGAGAUGAAGCAGCGGAGAUGGCAGCACACUUUGUUCGACUCAAGUUUAUGGAGCUUGUACAGGACAAGAGCAGCCGCAAAGAGAAUGAAGGCGAAGGCGUGAUUCAAGUUCAAGGCGAUGAUGGAGUAGGAGGAAUAUCUCAGGGUGAAUUCAGAUGUCACUUCAAAGUCAUCUACGGAAUGACGGAUUGGGGACGAAGCGUGGCAAGAUGGCCUGGCUAUAAUGCAGUCGAACAAGGGCAAACGUCCAGUUUCCAAAGCAGAGAUAGGGCUUCGAGCAUCAAUGAUAGUUAUGGCGCACCAGUAAGAAGUGCUGGAAGUGCUUCACCCAUGACAGGAACGGAUGGCAAUAGAAGUUCAACGUCUUUGCCUGGCAUGCGUGGUUUACCUGCCAAUUCGUUCUCCCAGCCACAUCAAAAUAUCGGAGAUACAGGCUCUUCGGGCGGAUAUAGAUCUCCUGGAUCGGAGAAUGAUUUCCCUAUGCUCAAUUCUCGUGACAGUAACUCAAAACGAUUAAAACAGAUAUUGGAAGAACCGGCAUUACGAUCAAUCUUUCGUGAUUUCCUGAAGCAAAACUUUUGUGAAGAAAACUUGAGCUUUUGGCUGGACGUACAAGAUUUCAAAAGGAGGUUCAAUACGACGAGUAGUGCCGUUGCUGUUCGAGGACCAGAAGGUUCAGCAGGAUCAGCACGUGGAGAGGGUGGAAAAGGUGGCAUGGGCGGUGCAAUUCGUAAAUUAGGCGGAAAAGGUUCUAAUCAUGCAAUCAAUCAAGACAGUUCAGGAUGGUCUGCAAUGGAAAAACAUCAACAAGAUUUGAUCGCAAUGGCUUUCGUGAUAUACAAUACAUAUCUUGCUCCUGGCUCUACGUGUGAGCUUAACGUCGAACAUAAUAUGCGAACCGAAUUGGUGACUUAUAUGACAAAGAUUAUUCAUGAUGCAAAAAGUGGCGCAGGUUUGAAUCAAGUUAGUGCAAAAGACGUUCAUCGUAAUUCAUCGGAUGCAUCAGGAAAUUUGGAAGAAAGAAGGAGAGCAGUCUUUGCUGCAAUGCCAAGAGCUCCUUUACAUGCAUCUCAACUGCAAACCAUGGUUCGAAUGUACGAACGUAUUCAGGAUCACAUUUUCCGAUUAAUGGCAACCGAUUCCGUUCCACGUUUCAUCAAAGAUCCUAAAUUCUUGAACUUGGUUCACAGUGUAGAAGAAUAUGCUGAAGCAUUGGAAGCCGGAAAAGUUGAUCCUUCAAUCAAUGCAGGACCUGGAUUGGGUAAAUCGGUUGUGGAUGCGAUGGAAUUAGGAACGAAAAAUCAUCGGGGUCACGAACAUGAAGUAGAUUUGAUCGAAGCAUUGCAAGAUACCUCCUUCGAUCAACAAAGAGGAAUGAGAAAUAAUUUGUCAAACAGACAUUGA